CUUACUCACGUCGUCUCUGAACCCCGAAUGGUGUAUUGUGGCAUACAAGAGACCCUCUAGCUUUUGUCACAAUGAGGCCCUUGACCGAUGUCGAAACCCAAACCCUCUUCACCAAACUAGCCAAUUACACAGGUCGCUCUCUCAAUCAACUCAUCGCACCUGACGACUCCACCGCCGACAGCGACCGUCAUGUCUUCCGUCUGCACCAGUCUCGCGUCUACUAUGUCCGUCUAUCACUGGCAAAUCUAGCCACCUCCAUUGCUCGAGACCACCUCCUAUCUCUCGGUACCUGCGUCGGCAAGUUCACCAAGACUGGCAAAUUCCGACUCCACAUUACAGCCCUCGACGUGAUUGCACCUCACGCUCGCUACAAGCUAUGGGUCAAGCCUAAUGGCGAGAUGCCUUUUCUUUAUGGAGGAAAUGUGGUCAAGGCGCACGUGGGCAGAUGGAGCGAAGAUUGCCCUGAGCAUUCAGGCAUUGUGAUCCUGGCAAUGGAUGACACCCCCUUGGGAUUUGGAGUCACGGCUAGAUCAACCGCAGAAGCACGAAAAUUGGAUCCUACUUCGGUGGUGGCUUUCAGGCAGGGUGACGUUGGCGAGUAUCUGAGAGAAGAAGAUACACUAUUCACUACCUAA